AUGAAGCUGCGCACGGUCAAGAUUUUAUGUAUGAUAGCUCCAAGAAUACAGCCUCAAGCCUCACCCGACGAAGACUUUGAGCCUGGAAGCAAGCGACAUCAACGCAAUCAGUCGCUUGAACAGGCAGUGACGAUUCCCAGGGCCAAGAAAAAGAGUCUUCACAAAUCGCCUGAUGCGAUGUCUGCGACGACUCAAGACUUUGAAGCUGCUUACAUCUUUGAUUCAGUGGGUGAAUUACCGACUACGUUCAAGUUGGCUAUGGAAUCAAGAAACGCGGCCAAGUGGAAGGAUGGAUGCGACUCAGAAGUGGCAUCAUUGCGAAAGAACAAGACUUGGGAACUAGUGCCGUUCCCACAAUCUCGCAAGGCAACAGGAUGUCGAUGGGUCUUUCGUAUCAAGGAGAAUCAAGAUGGCGAAAUCGAUUGA